AUGCACUCCGUUUUAUUAUCAGAGUCUGCGCCAAACGCGUCGGGGGAGAGAAGCUGGGGUCGCUGUCCCGAGAGCAACCCGUACGCUUUGAAGGAGGGCGGGGGCGAGAUGUCGGCCUGGACCUCGGCGGGGCUGCAGCCUUCGGGCGGCUACUACCCGUACGACCCGACGCUCGCCGCUUACGGAUAUGGCGCCGGGUACGAUUUGGCAGCCAGGCGGAAGAACGCUACCCGCGAGUCGACCGCCACGCUCAAGGCCUGGCUGAAUGAGCACAAGAAGAACCCCUACCCGACCAAGGGCGAGAAGAUAAUGCUCGCCAUCAUCACGAAGAUGACCCUGACGCAGGUGUCCACGUGGUUCGCGAACGCCCGUCGCCGCCUCAAGAAGGAGAACAAGAUGACCUGGGAGCCGAAGAAUAAGACCGACGAGGACGACGACACCAUGCUGUCGGAUGAGGAUAAGGACAAAGACGAGCAGGAGGACAAGAUCAAGCCACACAAAGAUGAGGAGCGGAAGGGGGACGAGCUGCUGCAGGGCAUGCACCACCAGCUGCUCGGCUACGGAAUCAAGGAGGAGUCGAAGCGGGGCGGCUCCGACUGCGGGGUGCCGAUACCGCCGUCCAAGCCGAAGAUCUGGUCGCUGGCGGACACGGCUGCGUGCAAGACGCCCCCGCCGGCCGCCCAGCCGUGGCCGCAGCACGCGUACGCCGCCGGCCCCGAACGGGCCGCGCCCGCUGACUCCGGCAACGGGUUUGCAUUGCCCGCUACCGCCGCCGCGAGUCCAGCCAGUGGGGCUUACGCGCGCUACGGCGGCUUUCCCGCCCAGUACGGGCAGCACCCGUGCGUGCACCCGGCCGCCUUCCCCGACGUGCAGACAGACACGCCGCCGCAGACGCCACCCAACAUGAAGGUGCCCAGCGUCGCGAACCCGCUUGGCAGCGGUGGCGCCUCCGGCUACUGCUUCCCCCGCCACCAGCAAUCGCCGCAGCGCGACUCCUAUCACAACCCCCACCACGCCAACAAUCACCAGCCUAACCAGCACCACGAGAGCUCGGCCGCCUUCAAGCCGUUUUAUAAAAGGUUAAUAUCUCCUCUAAACGUCUCGCAACCGCUCCCCACACUACUCGGACGGUUUCGUGCCAGCCGUGUGAAAGCGGUCCGCGCACUGCCAUCGGUAAAGCACGUGCAA